UCCCGGCCGCGCUGAGUCACGGAAUCCCCGAGCCCCGGAGCCACCGGCCCCGAGCGCCGGAGCCACGGCCGGGACACUCUGGAGGGUCCCGGGGGUCCCCACCGGGCACGGCCAAGUUCCGAAGGAAUCCGGAGCCUCACCUGGAAGGAGCCACUGGAAGGAGCACCCACCUGAGCACAGGUGAUGGGGCUUUGAGUGGGAACUCACCGCUUUUAUCGCUAUUUUUGGCAGCUCUGAAGGACCCCAAACCUUCACCUGGAAGGAGCCAAUGCGAUGGAGGGGGAUCAGCCCCACCUGAGCUCAGACCUGACCACCCCGUACCUGAGGAAGGCUCCCACCCCCCCUGGCCGUGAGGACGCCGACACCGCCGUCAUCGCAGUGGUGAUCACCCUGGUGUUCCUCACCUUGCUGACGGUGCUGGUGGUGAUCGGGAUUUACCUGUACCGGAACCAGGGCUCCUACCGCACCUACGAGCAGCCGGAGCCGGACGCGGCCCCGAGGGAGGAGGCUCCGGCCAAGGAGAAGGAGGAAUAUUUUAUCUAAGGACGCACCUGGGAUCCG